GAUAUCCGUGUCUCUCUGCAAGGUCACGAUGAAGCCACCUUCUCAGACGCCCAGCGCCCGAAUGGCAACACUUCAAAAGUUCCUGCCGCUUGAGAAACGCAGCAACAACACAAAAAACUCUUUACCAAUACGAUCCCGCCCGCGGUUGUUGUCACCUGGCGCUGCGUCCACCCCCCGUGUGAAGGAGGGUUGGUUUCGGAUGAUGAGCAGAGUAGAAACUGCCACCCUCCCAAGCUGGAGCCAGGCUGCCUUUUAGCACGGUGAAGGAACGGCUCCCGGUUUAAUGGAACAUUUACAGGGUCUUCCCCUGCUGCCUGGUGACCGGACCUUGCAGACACGAUAUUCUUUGCGCUGAGAUUGCCGCAGCUUAAAACCAGGCUGUGCACUGGGCCAGGCGGGCCACGUCUGAGGGAGGGGACAUGAAACACCAUGUCUGUGCCCAGCACCAAGUCCUUCCACUGGCAGUCGCUGGCGCCCCUGGCCAUCGGCCGCGUCUACUGCGCCCCGGUGGAGAGCGGGGGGCGACUCUACCUCAUCGGGGGCUGUGACGAGAGCGGGGCCCCCAUGAACGUGUGCGAGGCCUACACACCAGAGGCCAACCAGUGGACCACCCUGCCGCCCAUGCCCACUGCAAGGGCGGGCGCUGCCGUGGCGGCCCUUGGCAAGCGGGUACUCGUGAUGGGGGGCAUGGGGGUCCACCAGAACCCCCUCUCCACCGUGGAGAUGUACAACGUCGAGGAAGGCAAAUGGGAGAAGAAGAAACCCUUGUUGGAAGCUGCCAUGGGCAUCUCGGCGAUCGUCAAAGACUGCCAGGUGUAUGCGGUGGGCGGCAUGGGGUCAGACACGUUUCCACGAGGUCACCUCCAGCAGUACGACGUCAGGAAUGAUGCCUGGCAUGCCCUCCAUGCCAUGCCAACACCUAGAUACGCAGCCAGUGCCUUCUUCCACGCCGGCAAGAUCCACGUAUUCGGUGGGAGACAAGCAAAGAACCCCGUCACGGCCUUUGAAGUCUUUGACACGGAGACCAGGGUGUGGAGCAGGUUUCCCAGCGUUCCUUGCCGGAGGUCCUUCUCCAGCUAUGUGAUGACGGAGACGAGCUUCCUCAGUCUGGGAGGUCUCCAGCAGGCGCGAGGCUACAAGAAACCCAAGUUUGUGAAGAACGUGGAGGUGUUUGACAUUGAGCAGGGCGGCUGGACAAAGAACACACGACACUUGAACAUGAAGACCAAGAGGGCAGACUUUGUGGCCGCAUAUCUCCAGGGAAGGGUUGUUGUGGCGGGGGGGCUCGGGGACCAGCCAUCCGUGCUGAGCUCGGCCGAGGCCCUGCACCCGGUGAAGAAUCGGUGGGAGCGGCUGCCCCCCAUGCCGACCGCCCGCUGCACCUGCGCCGCCGCCGUCUUCAGGAACAGUCUGGUGGUGAUGGGCGGAGUGGCGCAGGCGCCCAGCAACGCCGUGGAAGCUCUCUGCCUCGCCGACUCGUAGCCCUUCGCUGGUGAACGCAGAGCGGGCUGGGUGAGGCAACGUCCAAACGCCAGCUGGGGGGGGAUCCAUCCCGCAACGUCUGUGUGGGAAGCAACUGCGGAUGCUGGUUUACACCAAACGUUGACAUAAAACGCUGGAGUAACUCAGCGG